AAAUCAACCCAUAAAUCGCGUGCUGACUGUUUCUACAACUGUAACUGUACCGACUGUGUCCACGUGCCGCUCCAAGACCAAAAUGGACAACUAUAAGGUGCUGAGCCUGCAUUGGGACUAUCACCAGAGAACGCUGAUCAGCGCAUUCGCGACGCUACGGGAGACCGAGACGCUAGUCGACUGCACGCUCUGCGCCGAGGGCAAGUUCCUGAAGUUCCCACAAGAUGGUUCUGUCCGCCUGCAGUCCUUACUUUGCCGCCUUAUUCAAAGCGCAUUACGACAGGAAUACGAUCAUCCUACUGAAGGAUGUCACGUACCAGGAACUCCGCGUCCUGAUGGAGAACAUGUUCCGCGGCGAGAUCAACAUCUCGCAGGACCAGCUGGAGGCGCUUCUCAAGGUGGCAGAAUCGCUGAAAUCAAGGGCCUGUGCGCAGUCGCAGAGAAUGAGGCCCACGAAAGCGCAAACUCUUCUGUUCUGCAGGCCGCCGCCUCGAAACGAAAAAGUGCAGGUCUCGCCGCCGCGAAACGGAAAAGUGCAGUCCUCGCCGCCGCCGCCGUGAUCAGCAAAAAGCUUUCCGGUGGCGGCAGCAAGUUGCCGACCCAGCAGCAGCCAUGGAUCAUUUGGAGGAUAAACAAAAUCACGAAUAAGCCGCAGCUGCAGACCAGCGAUGCCAAUAACACCGAGAACGUAUUACCACAAGGCCAAGGCGCAGCUUUCGGUGGAGUCACUCUGGCGACUCUAGGUGCUGGUGCGUGCGCUGGAGCCGUGCGCACCAUGGUCGUGGGGAAGCAACUGACAGCCGACGUUGGUAAAUCAUCAUCCAAUCGCAAGCAGAAGGACAAGAACAACGAUAGACAGACGAAUGCACACAGAGGCUCCACAAACUCCACACUGCGGGUUCAGGCCAGUAGCAGCAGCGGCAACAGGACCUUCAAGAGGCGCAAUGAGAUCGGCAUGAAAGGCAAACCAGUCUACGAGUGCCAACAAUGUGGCAGGCAAUAUACCUGGAAGGAAUGUCUGCGUCGCCACGACAAAUUCGAGUGCGGUGACAAGGAGCCAAGGCAUCUGUGUCCCUAUUGUCCAUAUAAGUCAAAGCAGAGCGGAAACCUUGGCACCCACAUGCGGAGGAUCCACGCCGAUCGCCCAGCAAUCAUUAAGAAGAGGGGCAGAGUUCCCUUGCACCAGCUGAAUCUUCCAUUUAAUUUGUAACCCUGUCCAACUUUCGCAUACCCAUGCAAGCUAUUUGUAUAGAAGCUGUCUCAAUGAAACACACCCACACAACCUUAGUUUUUAUUUUAUAUAUAUUCAUGCAAAAGAUCUCUUAUCGGAAUUGACUUAGCAGCCAGAAAUGGUUAAGAAAAAGGAAACUAAUGUUUAUACGAAUGAAUUAAAUGAAUAAUGAAUAAUAAUCAUUCAUAGUCACUCCUCCACCUAAUCUUUAUUCCAAAACCGUUUUUAAAAUUAUGCUAAAGCUCUCCGGACCAACAGACCGAACGACCACUUUACACCUCCCCGAAGAUUCGAUGUUCGACUUGUCUCCAUUAAAAAGUUUGCUGCUCCAUAAAUGGUCACAGAGAGAGAGAGAGA